AUGACGAAGACGGCUCCCCAGCGCCGCCUGCGCGCGGUGCAUCGCCACUUCCACACGGGCAUAUCAGCACCUGCGCCGGGUCAGGCAGGCCCGAAUAGGGGCACACUCACGCUCGGGCCGCAUGUGGCGAUCCCCGUGCACGAGCCGGACGCGCCAGAGCGUGUGCCGGGCGAGCACCUGUGGCUCGAUACAAGCGACCCUGUGGUGCUUGAGCAUCUCGAGUUUCUUGGGAAAAAGUGGCAGCUCGGUCAGGACGUGUUCCUCUCGGCGCCGCCCGGGCCGUACACCCGGCGCCUGUGCCAGACGUUUGCGGCGCUGAUCCAGGUGCCUGUCGAGUACGUGUCACUGCACCGCGAUAUUGGCGAAGCGGAGCUCUUGCAGCAACGCUCCCUCGAUGCAGGCGGCUCCCUGCGCUACGACGAUGGGCCGGUCGUCCGCGCGAUGAAGCACGGACGCAUUCUCGUGCUCGACGGCAUCGAGCGCGCCGAGCGCGGCGUCAUGCCGAUUCUCAACAACAUCCUGGAGAACCGCGAGCAGAACCUCGCCGACGGCACCCAGCUCGUGCCGGCCGAGCGCCUCGCGGCGCGCAGCGCGGAGGCCCACGCCCCGGGCCAUGCCACGUUCAUCCCCGUGCACCCCAACUUCCGCGUGUUCUGCCUCGGCCUGCCGGUGCCGCCGUACCGCGGGCACCCCCUCGACCCGCCGUUCCGCUCCCGCUUCCAGGCGCGCUGGGUCGAAGGCGCCGUGUAUGCGUCGCCGCCCGUGCAAGCCGAGACGCCCGAGGCCCUGUCGCUCACGCAGCGUUGGCAGGCGUGGCUCGCGCUCUUCCGCUCGCACGCCAGUGCGACAGAGGCAUCGGGACUCCUCCCCUCGACCGAUCUGCUGCCGCAUGUGCCCGAGACGGCCCUGCCGCUCCUGCGUGAUAUCGCGGCGCUGUUCCCCCCACCCGCGCAGCUUGCUGCGCCGACCAAGCCGCUCGCGGCGUCCACGCCCGUCGCCGAGGCGACGCGCGCUAUGCUGGGCGCCGCGUACCCUCUUAUGCUGACGCUCGAUGCCAAGAAACGCUCGCGGCUGCACGAAAUGCUCGUGCGUGUCGGUCUCGCGGGGGGGCUCGGCGCUGACCACCUGUUUGAUGCGGGCGUCGGUCUGAACGGGUACGUGUUUGUUUCUGCGGCGCGCGCAUCGCCGACCGAGGCGCGCCUUACAUUUGAGCAUGCCGAGACGCACCACACGGUGCACGUCUCGGCGGCAUGUGGCACUCAGCCGCUCGUGCCGCUCACGGAGCUGGCACAGCGCACGGACGUGCUUCUCACACCACGGAUGCGCGCCCUUGUGACCAUCAUGCUGCAGCUGCACUGUGCAGGGCGCGAUAUGUGCCUGGUUCCGAGCACGCUCGAUGGGUCCGUGCCAUCGCAGGCGUCGUCGUCGAAGUCUACGGCCCUCCAGCUCUUUGCGUCGCUCCUGGGCUACCAGGUCGAGACGGUCUGGCUGUGGAAGGAUGUGAGUGGCACGGAGCUGCUCAUGCGCCGCGCCACGACGCCGGACGGCGCGACGGUGUGGGAGCCAGCGCCGCUUGUCGGCGCGGCACUGCAGGGCAAGCUGGUGCACCUGGCCGGCGUGGAUGUGCUGGGCCCGACCGUCGAGAGCCUUGCGCGCCUCACGCAGGACCGCGAGCUGGAGCUGUGGGGUGGCACGCGCCUUACCGCGGAUGCCCGUGCGCUCGAUACCCUCCGCGAUGGGCGCGUGUGCCGCAUGGCCCCGAACGUGCGUGUGAUUGCGUCGGCGCCCAAGGUCGGGGACUGGCUUACCGAGUGCGUGGCGUCGAUGCUGGCGACUGUGUGUGCGCCGCCGAUGUCCGACGCCGAGGAGCGAGCGAUCGUGGAGCAGUGUGCUGGCGUGCGCGAUCGCGCGCAGCUCGACCGUCUGUUUGCAUUGGCGCACGAGUACCGCGCGCAGGCGUCCGACCCGAACGUCGGCCUGCACAAGGGCCGGCGUUUGGGGACGCGGCAGCUCAUCCGCCUCGCGCGGCGCCUCGCACACUGGCCCGACGAGGACCUGUACGCAUUGGUGAUGCGGAACCAGCUGUGCGACUUUCUGCCGCGCACGGUGCGUGAGGUUGUGCAUGAGAUGCUGGUGCGCCACGGCAUUGUGCCGCAUGGCUUUGAGGGCGCCUUCCAGUAUGUGCCGCCCCUCACGCUCGCGGCCCCGGUCGUCGAUGGAUCGACGCUGCGGUUCGUCGAUGCGCGCGGGGGACGCGAGCGCCUCGCGCUGCCGCGCUAUGCGUGGCGCGAGAAGGACCCACAGGGCGCGUCGCUCAUUCCGCAUGCGCACGGCUCGUUCUUCCACAAUGCGCAGCAGACGUCGCUGCUCUACUCGUUUGCGCAGGAUCUCGAGGUGCUGGGCGAGCACCUCCUGCUGAUGGGCGCGCAGGGCACCGGAAAGAACAAGACGAUUGACCAGGUACUGGAGCUGCUGGACCGCCCGCGCGAGUACAUCCAGAUGAACCGCGACUCGACAGUCGGCGAGCUGCUGCAGCGUGCGUAUCUGGAGGACGGGCAGCUGCGGUAUGCGGACUCGCCGCUCGUGCGUGCGAUCCAGCUGGGCCGCGUCAUUGUUGUGGACGAGGUGGACAAGUGCUCGCCGUCCGUGGCGGCCGUGUUCAAGUCGCUUGCGGAGCGCAGCGAGCUGUCGCUCCCGGACGGACGGCGCGUCGUGCCGCGCGACACGCCUGCCGACGCCAGCGCGAUCCGCGUGCACCCCGACUUUCGUCUCGUGCUGCUGGCCAACCGUCCCGGCUGGCCGUUCCUGGGCAACGCCUUCACCGAGGUGAUUGGCGAAGGAUUUAGCUCGUACGCCGUGUCGAACCCGGAUGUGGAGUCCGAGGUGCAGCUGCUCGGCCACUUGGCGCCGACGGUGGACGCGGCGCUGCUGCGCUCGCUCGUUCUCUCGUUCCACGACCUGCGCGAAGCGUUUGACCAGGGGCAGCUGAGCCAUCCCUACUCGCUGCGCGAGCUGAUCCACAUUGUGCGGCACCUGAGCCGGUACCCUGGCGAGGAGCUCGGCGAUGUGAUGCUCAAUGCGCUUGCGUUCGACCUGCACAAGCCUGAAGCGCUCAAGCUCAUUGCACGCACGUUUGCGAACCACGGCCUGCGUCUUGGCGGUCUGACGCUCGAGGCGGUGCAGGCCAGACUGCAGACACUGGCCGCGAAGAAGGACCUGCGCGUGGAGUUCCGUCCGACGGGCGAUACGAGCCUCGACCGACCGAAGCGCGGCAAGGACGAUCCGAACAACGAUCCGCACGUAGGCGGCAACACGUGGCGCGGCGGCACGGGUGGGCGCGACACGGCCGGACUCGGUGGACGCGGCGGCUAUGAGCGACUGUACAAGGGCCACAAGAUCCACCAGAUCCCCGACGAGCUGAAGCGGGAUGUGCCCGAGCACAUCCAGGCAGAAGCACGCGAGAUGGCGCGCAAGGCACUGGCCGAAAAGCUGGCCGAGGACCGACUGGAUCGCGACGAGGCGCAGUUCAUGCAGUCGAUCAAGGCGAACGUCGAGCCACAGGUGCAGAACCUCGCGCAUGUGCUGAACGGGCUCACGGCUAACGAGCACGAGCGCCGAUGGAUGGUGCGGCAGCAGGACGGACAGCUGGACGAGCGGCGCCUGACGGAGGGGCUCGUGGGCGAGCGCGCCAUCUUUAAGCGGCGCAGCGAGGCUCCGCCCGAGGUGGGCGCGCCGCAGCUCAAGCCCAAGCGCAUCCGUAUCGUGCUGGAUGCGUCUGCCUCCAUGUACCACAUGCAGUUUGAUGGGCGCCUCUCGCGCGAGCUGGAGACGUGCCUGAUGGUCAUGGAGGCGAUGGAGCGCGUCGAUCCCACGCGCUUCGAGUUUGACAUUGUGGCGCACUCAGGCGACGAGGUGGUCAUUCCGCUCGUGCCGCUCGGCACGAUGCCCAAGGGCGACGGCGACCGCUUCCGCGUACUGCGCAACAUUGUUGCCUACACCCAGUACUGCAUGAGCGGCGACAACACGGUCGAAUGCGUGCGGCAGUCGAUCAAGGACGUGCGCGAACGCGAUGCGGACGACUACUUUGUGAUUGCGCUCUCGGACGCAAACCUGGGCCGCUAUUCCAUUACGCCUGACACGCUCGGCGCCGCGCUCAAGCAGGACGACAAGGUCAAGGCCGCCGUCAUCUUUAUCGACAAGGGCGGCGCGGAGGCCAGCCACAUGGCGCAGGCGCUUCCGGGCCGUGCGUUUGUCGCGCAAGACACGCGCGAGAUCCCACGUGUGCUCUCGGACAUACUCACGUCGCUGCUGCGCUAG